AUGAAGCUUCUUCUUAUUCUGGCUGUUUUGAUUACAAUUGCUGCUGCUUGUCCUGGAUUAUUUGGAAUGGGUGGAUGUUGUCAUCAACAAUCACAUUGUGGAGGAUGUGGAGGUAGAAAGAAAAGGUUUGCAACAAAUAUUUUAUACCAUUUUAUGAAUCAUCUAUAAUUUUCUAGAUCCUUUGCCAGAACGUCCUGCUAAGCCUGAUUUUUUUGGAAUCACAAGCAAUGACAAGGAUAGUCUUUGCAAUUCUCCUGAACUCAAAAAACUUAUUGUUGAUGUAAGUUUCUUGAUUUUAAUUUCGAGAAUCGAUAACUACAGUUAUUUUUAGAACAUGCAUCCAAAUGCAGUCGACUCAGCAAAAGCUCUCCAAGGAGUUCUAGAAGAACAUAAACUUCAACGAUUUGUGGUUAUAUGUUCAGCCGAAUCAUUUGUUUAUACAGUUCGAGCAGACACAGCUUAUUGUGGAGCAUGGAAAAAUGGACACACUUGUCAUGCAUUUGCAUUAUAG